UGAUGCUUCUAAAGAGGAGGGCAGCGCACCUCGGGAAAAGUCAGAUGCACUUGCUGAUGCAGCCGGAGCAGAUGCAGCAGGACAAGAGUCCCAGGAGCAGCUCCGAAGCUCUGCUGGCCUUACGACGGCUACAGAGCCUUCUGCAACGGCCACUGCGCACGCUGAGCCAUCAGCAAACACAAGCUCAAACGAAUCAUCGCUCCCAGGCUCCGGUUCAGACACACCGCUGAGCAUGAGGUUGGUUGAAGAGCUCUCGCGCGAAUUGGCUAGGUUCAACCAGAGAUUCGGAGGUCUGCCCGCUUACGGUCUUUCUGCUUGAAUCUUCAAUACGAGCCCGACCCUCGUUCUGCCAGACGUCUUUCUCUAGAUCGUGAUGGACCACUACUGUACCGCAGAAUAUCCACCCCAUUCACACGUCCGAUCCGCGCGCAGCGUCGAGCAUGGGUUGGUUUGCGUGGACAAUCGACCUACAUCUGUUGCUCUUCUGAUCAGACCCCCAUAUGAUCUUGUUGUACUAAUACGAUACAUGUUUCUGAAGUACUGCCCAAUCAUUGCUGUAAGGACUCGUCUUGUGAUUCGCAAAUAUAUGCGUCGCGUCUGCUGUGAUUCGCUACACACAGACAGAUGGCCUGAUGCGUUACCGCGUGAAAGGUGUGUCAUCGCGAAGCUCUUCAAGCGAUUGCACCGUCGUUUCGAGUACCUGGCUGUAUCCUUUGUCGUCGCUUUGGAUGGUCGCCAUGAGCUGCUGCUCGACGUGACCCGUUGCAGACCAGGAUUUAUGCCAAGACUCUCUCGUCGAUCGCGACGAACGUGAUCUGGCGCAGCAUCCGGCUGUCAUGUGCAUGAUGGGUUGGGCUUGCACCAAGAAUCCUC